CAGUAAACAAAACCGUAGUAGAAAUGGACUACAUCAAAUCGGAAAUUAACACCUUCAAAAAUGAUGUGCGGGUGUUUCUAAAGCGGCCGCGCGAAAGUAUCGAGCAGCUGCUUCGAACUGCCUGCGUACUCUUCACAGCCCUGAUGCUAUGGAAGUCAGUAACUCUCUACACCGGUACUGACUCACCUGUCGUGGUGGUCCUCAGUGGGAGUAUGGAACCGGCAUUCUACCGUGGCGACAUACUGUUUCUCAUGAAGCAGGAAAAGAUAACUGCUGGAGAUAUAGUUGUAUUCAAGGUUGAAGGUAGAGAUAUACCAAUAGUCCACCGUGCGUUGAGCCUCCAUGCCAAUGGACAUGAUAUCAACGUCCUUACAAAGGGUGACAACAAUGAGGUAGCUGAUAGGGGACUCUAUGCGCGCGGACAGAAGUGGCUAGCGGACGAAAAUAUACUAGGAACCGUUUUACUAUGUAUCCCCAAAUUUGGGCUACUCACCAUACAACUAAACGACAAUCCUGUUGUCAAAUGGUUGCUGAUAUCGGUACUCAUAUACUUGGUAAUGACUGGAAAAGGGUGAUACAUUACCAAAUAGCAUUGUGUUAAAACAGCAAUGGAUAAUUU